AUGCGAAUCAUCGACGCGCCGCCGCCCGCGCGCGCGUCCGCGACGUCGACGAGCGCGCGCGAUCGCGAGAUCGUGACCUCGACGAGCGCGCGCGCGCGGUUCAAUCGCGUCGCGACGCCGUUUCACGGUGGAGAUUCGAGCGAAUCCGAGGUGGAGAGCGAUUUCGACGAAAGCGACGCGUCCGACGACGAUCGCGACGACUUCGAGGGCUCCGAUGGCGCGCGAAGCGGUGCGAAUUACGUGUCGGUGUCGGGUGCUGGGGAGGGUCGGCAGUGCGUGGUCGUCGGGAGCGACGGCGUCGCGCGCGGGGUGUGGCGAAGCGUUUUGUUCAGCGAGGGCGACGAUACGAACGAUGUGAGCGUCGACGAGGCGUUCGAGCGGGUUUUGCGGUCGAAGGAUAAACCUUGGGUGGUGGUUUUAGCGCGUGGUGGGAUGUUCGCGGCGAGCGCGUUCGAUUUGAGUAAGAUUGGAGCGGAGGGCGCUGCGCCGCGAGAGGCGGCGAUUCGGCACGCGACGGCUCGGAGAUACGUCGUUCGGGCGAAAGCGGGCGGGCGGCAGGUGAGCAAGGAUGGUGGUGGAAAGAACAUUAAGAGCGCGGGGAGCUCGAUGCGUCGAGCGAACGAGCAGGCGCUUGAGGCGGACAUGCGACAAACUUUUACGUCGUGGAGAGACGUGGUAGAGAGCGCGAGUCUGAUCUUCGUCAGCGUCAGCAAGGUGGACGCGAGGACUAUCUUCAAUGAUAAGAACCCAAUGCUUGAUAGAAACGAUCCGCGCGUGCGUCGGGUUCCGUUUAUGACGGGACGUCCGACGUUCAACGAGACGCGUCGCGUCGUCGGUCGUCUGGCGACGCUCAAUCUCAACGUCGUCGAGGAACCCAAGCAUCCAACGCCCGAGGUGGACGACGAUCUCGCAUCGCUUGCGGAUACGAAGUUCGUCAUAGCAGCGCGACCGGCGGGGACACCAGCAGUACCAGAACCUAUACUCGAACCCGAGAUCGUCGUUCCAGAACCCGAGUUGCACGCCGCGGCGAGAACCGGAGACGCGGCUCGCGUGUACUCAAUGAUCGUCGACGAGAGCGCGGAUCCCACGGAGACGUUUAAGGGAAAGGUAGCGUAUAACGUGAGCAAGGACAAAGAGACGCGCGACGCGUUUCGUCGAGCCAUGGCAAAGCUUCCUGAGGCGUGGGAUUGGAUUCACGGAGCUGCCGUGCCUAGUGCGUUGACGGACGAACUUGAGGCAAAACAAGCGGCCAAGGAGGCUGAGUACGAAGCCGCUCGCAAGGCGAAGGAGAAAGAGCGGAAGAAGACGCAAAAGGAGCGAAAGAAGAAGGAAUCUGCGUCGGCGGCGCUGUUGGCCAAGACCGCGCCGCCCGAGCCAUCCGCGAUCGGGGAGAAAAAAUCAGCCACGCUGCUGGAUGCGGCCGACAGAGAGGCGAGAGAGCGCCGUGAACAAAUGCAGAACGACGAUUCGCGCAAGCGAAGAGCCCGGGCGUCGGCGCGCUCGGUGGGGCAAACUUUCGCGACACGACUUCGAUUGGCGGUGGGACGAUUGGCAGUUAGCGUGAAACAUAAUGCAGGCACCAUGGCGCGCGGCGCCGUGCUCGGAGCCGCGCUCGCGGUCGUGCUUCAAAGCAGGGCAGAGAAGCGACGCUCGUAG